GGCCUCUUCAUGGGCAGCCCUUCCUUGGACUCUGCCCCCCUUCCCUCCCCCUCGAUGAGCCUGGAAGCCUGGCCCUAGGCCCAGGGUUGGGCAACCAGGGUGGCACUGUGUCUCCGUCCCCCAUCCCAGUGUCUCCCUGUGACCGGACAGGUCUCUCCCUGCAGGUGACCAGCGCCAUGUCCAGCCAGGUGGUGGGCAUUGAGCCUCUCUACAUCAAGGCAGAGCCAGCCAGCCCUGACAGCCCAAAGGGUUCCUCGGAGACUGAGACCGAGCCCCCCGUGGCCCUGGCCCCUGGCCCAGCUCCCACCCGCUGCCUCCCAGGCCACAAGGAAGAGGAGGAUGGGGAGGGGGCUGGGCCUGGCGAGCAGGGUGGUGGGAAGCUGGUGCUCAGCUCCCUACCCAAACGCCUCUGCCUGGUCUGUGGGGAUGUGGCCUCCGGCUAUCACUAUGGUGUGGCAUCCUGUGAGGCCUGCAAAGCCUUCUUCAAGAGGACCAUCCAGGGGAGCAUCGAGUACAGCUGUCCGGCCUCCAACGAGUGCGAGAUCACCAAGCGGAGACGCAAGGCCUGCCAGGCCUGUCGUUUCACCAAGUGCCUGCGGGUGGGCAUGCUCAAGGAGGGUGUACGUCUGGACCGUGUCCGAGGCGGGCGGCAGAAGUACAAGCGGCGGCCAGAGGUGGACCCGCUGCCCUUCCCGGGCUCCUUCCCUGCUGGACCCCUGGCGGUAGCCGGAGGCCCUCGGAAACCCGGUGAGUCUCCUGUAAAUGCACUCGUGUCCCACCUGCUGGUGGUUGAGCCUGAGAAGCUAUAUGCCAUGCCCGACCCGGCGGGCCCUGACGGACACCUCCCGGCUGUGGCUACCCUCUGUGACCUCUUUGACCGAGAGAUUGUGGUCACCAUCAGCUGGGCCAAGAGCAUCCCAGGCUUCUCGUCACUGUCACUGUCUGACCAGAUGUCAGUCCUGCAGAGCGUAUGGAUGGAGGUCUUGGUGUUGGGUGUGGCCCAGCGCUCACUGCCACUGCAGGAUGAGCUGGCCUUCGCCGAGGACCUGGUCCUGGAUGAAGAGGGGGCACGCGCCGCUGGCUUGGGGGAGCUAGGGGCUGCGCUGCUGCAGCUGGUGAGGCGACUGCAGGCCCUGAGGCUGGAGCGUGAGGAGUACGUCCUGCUGAAGGCCCUGGCCCUUGCCAAUUCAGACUCUGUGCACAUUGAGGAUGCCGAGGCUGUGGAGCAGCUGCGAGAAGCUCUACACGAGGCCCUGCUCGAGUAUGAAGCAGGCCGGGCGGGCCCCGGAGGGGGUGCUGAACGGCGGCGGGCGGGCAGGCUGUUGCUCACACUACCGCUCCUUCGCCAGACAGCGGGCAAGGUGCUGGCCCAUUUCUAUGGCGUGAAGCUGGAGGGCAAGGUGCCCAUGCACAAGCUGUUCUUGGAGAUGCUCGAGGCCAUGAUGGACUGAGGCAAGGGGUGGGCAUGGGUGGGGGUGCUGGCAGGACCCGCCCAGUAUGGGGUCAGCCCCAAGGGGGCAGAGCCUGGGGUCUGGGCAGUGCCACAGCCUGCUGGCAGGGCCAGGGCAAUACCAUCAGCCCCUGGGAGCAGGCCCUACGCCCUCCCCUCCCCCCUCCCAGGGGGUCUUAGAAGCUGGGAAUGUGUGCGCCCAGGCUCUGGGCACAGUGCUGCCCCUUGCAAGCCAUAAUGUGCCCCCAGAGUGUAGGGGGCCUUGCGGAAGCCAUAGGGGGCUGCAGGGGACGUGGGGGGGGGCAGAAGCCUGAUCUCAGGGAGGGAAGGGAGUGGAGGCCACAGUCUCCCAGCGGGUGAUGCUUUUGCUGCUGCUUAAUCCAACCCCCUCUCCAGAGCAGAGGGGGAUUUGGAGAGCAAAGGCCCCUGCCCCCUUCGCUCCUCUCCUCAUCAUUUGCAUUGGGCAUUACUGCCCCCCCUUGAAGCAAUAACUCCAAGCAGGCUCCAGCCCCUGGACCCCUGGGGUGGCCAGGGCCCCCCAUCAGCUCCCACCCAGCCUCCUCAGGGGGGGUAGGGAGAGCACUGCCUCUAUGCCCUGCAGAGCAAUAACACUAUAUUUAUUUUUGGGUUUGGCCAGGGAGGUGCAGGGACAUAGGGCAAGCCAGGGCCCAGAGCCUUUGGCUGUACAGAGACUCUAUUUUAAUGUAUAUUUGCUGCAAAGAGAAACCGCUUUUGGUUUUGAACCUUUAAUGAGAAAAAGAAAUAUAUCGAGCUCAAG